CCUGCCUUCAACUCUUCACCAAAGAAUCUCUGGAAUCAAUACGAAAGCCCUUCGAGAAGGUUUUCUCUAUGUUAUUUCAAGCAGGAAAAAAAGAGAGAACAAUAAUGUUGUUCUUAUAAAUGGUGAUGAACGUUGAGGCGGUGGCGGCUGUGGUUUUCUAGUCUUUAACUAUGGAAGUUCACGGGGCGAAAGCCUAUAAAGAAAGCCCAAUGGUCUCAUUGUCCUCCAGUGGAGUCCCAUUCUCGCUGCGCGAUCAAAUUUCCAGGAAAAGCGUUUUCUACAACAAGCGCCCGCAGGAUGCCAUCUGGCUCGCCGUUCUUAAAUUGGACGGCACUUGUUUCGAGAUCUAUGUAGCGAGGAAUGGGACCGUGGUUAACCUGAAAAAAGGGGUGGAGGCGGCGUUCCGUCAUUUGCCCAAGAAUGGUCCGGGCACAGUCUCAUGGUCGCAUGUAUGGGGAAAUUUUUGCUUGAGUUAUGAUGGUCAGAAGCUUCUCACCGACUCUGAUUCUAUAGGAAAUUAUGGAAUCAAGGAGGGUGAUCAGCUUGAAUUUGUCCGACAUGUCUCCAUUAGUUACCCUGUAAAAACGCUAUCAGAAAGAGAGGACACCUAUAUGGAUGAGCCCAGAGAAUCUAAAGGCAACGGAGAUAGGCAGCUGGAAUGCAAAGAAGAAAAUAAUCAUCAGGGAAAGCUAGAUUACCAUUGCAUAGAUAUUGACAAUGAUGUGGAAGUGGUUCUCGUACCGCAGAUUUUUCAGAUCAGAGUCACGUAAGGGAUGACAGAGCAAUGAAAAAAGACUAGCUGAUGGAGUCAUAGCAAGUUUUGGAAAAGUACAGUUACACGACGAUGUUAAACCUGAAUUGUAACAAGACUUGGAAGGCAGAUCGGUAAGAUUUUGAGAAUCUGGCAUCUGAAUUCUGACGCUGCCUGCUCAAACUAGUAAUGUACAUUUCUGAAACUCUAAUAUGCAUCAGUUAUUCUGCAGUAUGGUUUUGGGUUCAUUAGAAUAUUUGUAAAGAAUAAUUGUUGAUUACAUUGGAAUCAAAGUCAAGAAAACAAUAAACAAUGAGAAUUGUUAUUCAAUUUGCCCAAAA